CCUGUACCCCAAUUUUUGAUCCUUCGGCAUUCUUGGAAGGACUUGGAAAACCCACUGCCUAUUACUCAGCCAGCACUUGUCUCCAUGGGCUUUAGUAGCAUGCGGACCGUCGGACCGCUCGCUAGGGAACGCACCUGCGGACCGAAGCGACGAUGGAUUGCAGGCUUCGGCUCCUCUGUAUCCACACAACUACAACCGUGUAUCGCGCAAUCACGACGACUAUAAUGACCAGAUGGAAGACGCCAUGGUUCGAGUGAGAGCAGCUAAGCCAUGGCGCCAGGAAUCGUCUCACCGCAGCGCUCAUUCGAGCAAGACAGCGCAUCCUCAGGUCCAGCAAGACUCGAUGCAUCCAAACUGCGCGUCACGAAGACGUUACAUCCAUCGAAGCUGCCGCCGGCCGAAGACCUGACGUUUGGCAGUCACCACACGGACCACAUUCUCCAAGUCCGGUGGACCUCAGAACACGGCUGGCAAACGCCCCAGAUCGCGCCAUACCAGCACCUGGCCCUCGAUCCUGCAGCUGCCGUUCUCCAUUAUGGAUUUGAGUGCUUCGAAGGCAUGAAAGCGUACAGGGAUGCUUGGGGCAGCGUCAGAUUGUUCAGGCCUGAGGUUAAUCUUGACCGCCUCAACCGCUCAGCUGCCCGAAUCGCGCUGCCAACCUUCGAUGCUGACGAGCUCCUCAAGCUCAUCGCUCGCUUUGUGAAGUUAGAGGAGCGGUUCAUAUACGGAAAACCGGGGUACUCGCUUUAUAUCCGUCCGGUCAUCAUCGCAACCAAUUCUAAUUUGGGUGUCGCUGCCCCCACAUCCGCCCUCCUGUACUGCAUUGCAUGUCCUGUCGGUCCAUAUUUUUCCGCAGGAUUCAAGGCCAUUACCCUAGAAGCCGCAAGCAGCGUUGUGGCGACGAGAGCCUGGCCUGGAGGGGCUGGCAACCAUAAAAUCGGAGGCAACUAUGCGCCAUGUAUUGCUCCGGAGAAAGCAGCCAAAGCGCGAGGGUUCCAACAGCUCCUCUGGCUGUUUGGUGACGAUGACCGUAUCACGGAGGCCGGUACCAUGAACCUCUUUAUAGUGUUGCGGACUGAACAAGAAGGAUGCUUCGAGCUGAUUACGCCGCCGUUGGACGGUAUGAUCCUGCCUGGCGUAACACGGGAUUGUGUCUUGAGUCUGGCCAGGGAAAGGCUCGCGCCUUCGGGGUGGACCAUUAGUGAGCGCGAAAUAUGCAUGUCAGAAGUCGUGCACGCAGCAGGGGUGGGGAAGCUGGUCGAGGUGUUCGGAACAGGGACAGCCGCUGUCGUCAGCCCUAUCCGCGCGAUCAAGUAUCGUGACACUCUAGUUCAAUGCGGACUAUCCCGCCAUCAGAGCGCGGGAGCGAUAACGGCGCUGUUUAAGGAGUGGAUUGAGGCUAGGCAAUAUGCUGUGGAAGAGCACCCUUGGAGCGUUCCGGUCAGUGAAAUCAGCUAGCCAUAGUGAAAACAGGAUCGAGAGCGGCACUCACAUGGAUUUGGC